AAGUAAAUUUGUGCCCCGAUCCCGGCACUGAUUCUUUUACAGUUCAUUGAUAUCUUCUUUCGAUAAAAGCAAAUCAACUUCAAUUAAUUUACCUUGGUGGGCUUUUCUACUUCUGCAUGGACGGCGCUAGAAUGAUUUGUGUACUGCAAUAAGCCAAUUACUGGGAAGUCUUGCAAGUGAUUGUUGAACCAAAAAAUCAGAAGCAUCGUACCAAUGCACACGUCAACAAUCUAGUUAUAAGUAAAAAUGCAGUUGAGCCUCCUCAUUGCAUUUGUUCGAGCAAAUCAUCAUCGUUUCUGUGGCAACGUCCAAAUUGAAAAUUAAAGCUCUCAGAUUUUGAUUUCUGUUAAGGAGUGAUUUUGUUCAACUUUUCUGCUGAGAAGUAUUGACGUUUGGCAAGUGAAUUUACAUUAUAACUACAAAUGAACAGAUGCAGUGAUUUUCUCCAUUGUUUUUAGGUUCUACGAAAUCAUGAUAAUGUUCAUGACAAUAAACCUGCAAUGAUGCUGCCACUACCACUUUCUCUUGCCAUAAACAUAUUGUUCCUUGGCAACUGAAAAUUUUCUACUCUUUAUAUAAAUAUGGAUCCAUGCAGAUUCGGGAGGGACUCGUCAAGCAUUUAUUUACUUGUUUUAGUUUGACAUUUGAACUCACAAAUGAAGUCAAAUGCUUGUGGGCUUUGUUUACCAAUGCGAAAGUAUGAAUUCAGAAAAGCUAGUGCUCCUACUGCCCUGCGAUUUAUGUAAACUGAUGCUGCUUGAACUUAGCGAGAAUUUUGUACUAGUAAUGAAAUUAGGCGGGAUGUACUAAGCCACGUGACCAGCCCACUUGGUAGCAAGCUUCUUAUAAUUUUUAUUUCUGAAGAGAUUGAUUGAGAUUAAUUGCAUUUCCUGAUGUCACAGGUAUAUCCAUGGAGGAGACAGAGGGUUUAAGAAAUGCCGUUGAGAUGGCUGGGUCAGUUUCUGACAAGCAUCUAGAUCUUUUGAGGCCAUCAGCACGAUUUUUUUUGGGAUCCAAAGAUGCAUCAGACCAUCAAAGAGGCAAAUAUACCCUCAUCAGAGACGCAGAGGAUUCCCAGCUAGGCAUCUAUGACAAACCUCUACCGUGCUUUGGGUGUGGGAUUGGAUGGUUUUCGUUCCUUUUGGGGUUCGCAUUCCCUGUUAUGUGGUACUAUGCUGCAUUUCUCUAUUUUGGAAACUGCUACCGCAAGGAUCCUAGGGAACGAGCAGGCCUCGGUGCUUCUGCUAUUGCUGCAAUGGUAUGCUCGGUCGUGCUGCUCAUUGUCAUUGCAAUUGUCAUGUUCACCAGGUGAAUUUCGAUCCCCUUGCGGAGGAUUUGUUGAUCUCAGAACAAAAAUACUC